AUGUUUUAUCCUUUCCUUUUGCUAAUCUUCUUCUUCUAUUACAACGCUGAAGAGAACAUAGGUGUUAACAUAUUUCUCACCGAAGGAGAUAUUCUAGUCAACAGGAAACGGAACGCGGACUCCCAGUACUUCAAGACCUGGUACAACAGAUCUGUACCCUACCUCUUUGAUGUCAGUGUCGGUAAGUGUGCUGACCUCCAGGUACUGAUUGAGGCAGCUAUGACGGGCAUACAGAAUUCCAGCUGCAUUCAGUUCAAGAGACGAAACACUGAGAAGGAUUACAUUAGGUUUAUCAUGCCUAGCAGUGGCUGUUACAGCCCUAUAGGAAGGGUCGGCGGGCCACAAGAUAUCGGUUUAGGGGAUGGAUGUUUCGCCCAUGGCACGAUCCAGCACGAGAUACUCCACGCCUUGGGUCUGUGGCAUGAACAGAGCAGGUCCGAUAGGGACGAGUACAUCAAAGUUAUGUGGGACAAUAUCCCUAGAGAGCACUAUAGUAACUUCGGAACUCGGAGUCUCUCGGAGAGUCACCAGAUAUUCCUAACCAUGCCUUACGAUUAUGGUUCGCUGAUGCAUUAUUCCAACAAUACCUUCGCCAUAGAUCGCCAUAAGCCGACUCUGGUGCCGAAACAAGACCUUCCCAGGGGCGUUGUCAUGGGGCAGCGUGCAGGCAUGUCGCAGGGAGAUGUCGACAAGAUCAACGCCUUGUAUAGGUGUGAUAUCACAAACUGCAGCCAGCCGGAUCUUCUGAAAGAUGGUGAAAUUCUUGGAAACGACUUUUCCGUUGGCGCCAAAAUUAACUACAUCUGCAAUGUUGGCUUCAGUCUGAUUGGCGCCCCUGAGCGGGUGUGUAGGGAUAUAGGCGAAUGGUCGGGGCAGUCCCCGAUUUGUUUAGCCUCCAACCAGGAAAUCCCCUUGCACUACUGUAACUUCGACGGCGAGAUGUCCCAGUUCUGUGGGUGGACUCAGGCUCGCGAUGAAGAACUUGACUGGGAUUUGCAGACGGGACCUACCCCUUCUGAUGGAACAGGACCCAACUGGGACCACACCCUCAGCACAAUAACAGUUGAGGGCUCUGUGGGAUUCGGUUACACCAGCGAUAUAGCCAUUGAUGACGUCAUUAUUGGAGACUGCAAUUCUUUCAAACCCUUGGCUUUGAUGG